UCUAGCAUGUUCGCUGAAAAACUAGAAGAAAAGGAUGCACACAGCAUGAAGGCAUGACAUUUGCAAGAAGUUUUACAGAGAAAUUUUAGUUUAAAAGGUCCUUUAUUUCUCAUUUCUACCUCAAAAGGAAGGGUCAGCCAGCGAGUUCGACGGUGGUUUUGGUGUCAGUGGAAAAUAAAUUAUAAGAAGAAUUUUAAUAAAGCUGACUUCACACCAGCAGUACCGAACUCUUUAUUGCCGUCAAGAAGAGGUGGAAGUGAUAGUCGAACUCGGAGCUGCAUGAUUCCCGGCCCUCUGGUGGACACAUCGCGUCAUUGCACCAAAGACCAAGCUGCUGCAAAAUUAAUGGACACACGUUCAUCUGUUGCUUCUUCAUAAAGACGUGCAGAAGCCAGACAUUUAAGUUAAUGUUUGGGAAGUGACACAAGGAGGGAGUAACAACAAGGAACUGUGUGAAGCCUGACAACAACAGCACAAAUGGUAACGGGAAGGGAAAUAAUGCAACAAAGUUCAAAGUGAAUUUAAGUCAAGUUAAAAGGAGAUUUUCACCAAGUAAAAAUCCAUAACAUUCCAAGUAAAACAAAAUGUCAGAAACAAAUGAAACAGAAACACUUGCUGAUGCAGAAAAGGCUGCCGUAGGUGAGCAAGUAGAUGAAACCUUUUUAAUUCAAUCUGGGCAAGAAGAGCUGCGUAGGAGUGAAAGACCUCGCAUGCUAACAGGAAAAGGAAGAGAAUUCCAUAAAGAAAAACUACAGGUGUUACAACGUCACUUUGAAAGCACUUAUGACAGAUGGAAAGCAUUAAUUAAAGUUGCUAAAAAAUCUGUUAUUAAAGGAGAUCCUGUUGACAUCCUUGAAGAUCACAUGGACAUUGUGCAAAGAGAACUAGCUGCUCUUAAUGAUAUUUAUGACCAAUACAGAGCAAAGGAUGGACCACCUCAUAAUAUGCGUUCCAAGUUAGACAAAUGUACAUCAGUGACUAAAGUAGUUUUGCAAAACAUCCAGUGCCAUGUUGAGGGAACAAAUAAGGAGGAGAUUGUUUGGCCUGAUGCCAGUUCUGUAUUUACAUCUUCUAGCUCAGCUAGUGUCUCAGUUCAUAGUCUGUUUAAAGCAUGUUCAGCUGUUUCUAAUGGCUCCUCCGCCAAAAGACAAGAAGCUGCAGCGGAGUAUGAAGCCACAAAGGCUGUGCUUAAGAUAAUGACUGAACAAGAGAAAUUCAGAGAAAAAAUCCAAACCAUAGAAGAAGAAGACAAACGCAUAACUGCAGAACAGCAAGCUGCUGUGAUGUCACAACUCCAGCUAGAGGAAAGAGAGGAAUCAGAACGCAAGUUGAAAAGAGAAAAAGAAAAGGCAGCUGUGAUAAAGAGACAACAAGAGGAAAGUGCUGCAAGGAGAAAGUCAGUCGAGGACUUAAAAAGGGAAAUUCAAAGACUGGAAAAUCUGAAAGGACUCAAUGCAGCAAAGGCAAAAUUACAAGUUUAUGAAGAGGACUACUUUUCAGUAAAGCAAGAAAGCAUCACUCCAAGUCCUGCAAACAUACAGUGGUCAUUUCUCCAAGAACUGCAGCAACCGAAUGACAUGCAACACAUGCUCCAAACGACAUCCCACAUGUCUGCAUGAAGAAAGACAAAGACAAGAGACAAAGAAAGAACAACCGAAAGACCAAGAAGCAGCUGAACGGAAGGAAACUCAGCAACAGGUAACACAGUCACAAGACGCAGUUAACGAAAUUACAUCUAACAGAGUGACUCAUGAAAGUAGAAACACACAGACAUCUGCAAUAGUACCUGUUUAUGUAUCCACACAAAAUGAGCCAAGCAAAGAAAUACUUACCUACGCUCUGCUGG